AUGAAAGAAGUUGAAGAUUUAAAAGUGACUUUUGAGAAUCAACUAUGGGGUAAGUCAGCAGAGAUAGAGGAAUGCCUUGCUGAACUCCAAAAAACAAAAGAUAAUUUUCAAAGAGAAGUGGAGAAGUAUCAGCUGGAAAGGAAUAACAGUCAAACAGAGUUGAGUUUUGAAAAUACACAAAUUAAAGAGGAAAUGAGUGAGAUUCAACAUCAGUAUGAGAGUACAAUGGCAGAAAAAGAAGGUAAUUUUUCAGAACGAAUGGAGAGCAUGCAACUGGAAUGUCAAACAUUAAUGGAUAAAGUCAUGGAACAGGCUCAAGAGAUGGAUAAAGAAAGAGAAAGGAGCAAGGAGCAAUAUAAGCAGAUGAAGCAAAGGGAUUCAGAACAUGGCAGGAAAUUAACUGCAUUGGAAGAGCAAUUGCAGCAUUUUAAAACAUCACGACUUAUUUCUGAAAAGCUAGCUCCAGAAGAUAUAUUUAAAACUUCAACAUCAGGGAAGGGAAAAGAUGACUUGAACUUUAAGGAAGUCAAAUCCAAUCAACGCUCUGGACCAGAAUCACCAAAGCUAGCCAUUUUUUAUGGGAAAUCAGAAUGGAAGCCGUAUUUCAUGCAAUUUAACCAUAUAGCCAGGAAGUAUGAAUGGUCUAAUGAACAAAAAUUAGAUCGUCUAAUUGAAUGCCUCAGAGAUAAGGCUCUAAAAUUUAUGAGUACUCGCCAAGAGACAGUUCAAAAGGACUAUGACAUUUUAGUUCAAAAGUUGAGUCAAAGAUUUGGGAAUAAAGAUUUACCUCACACUAUAAGGCGUCAAUUGCAGGAGGUUAGGCAGUCUAUUGAUGAGUCAAAAGAGGAGUUUCCUGAGAGGAUACAGGAACUAGCAACAUAUGGUUAUCUCAAUACGCCGGAGAAUGUAGUUGAUACUAUACAUGUAGGUGUUGACGCGUUUCUGAAGGGGUGUACUGAAAAGAAAGCAGCGUUAUUUGCCAUGGAGAAAAACCCAAAUACCAUGGAUCAAGCAUUACAAUAUGUUAAGAGCUCCAUUCACAACCAAAAGAUUUUAUUAGGGUAUAGAAAGCCAGAAGUAAAAAGGGUUCAGUUUUAUGAUGACUCAGAUGAAGAAAGUACAGAAUGUUUAGUACGUCAAGUCAAAAAGGCAAAUAAUUCUAGUAUGCAAGACUUACAGAAAAAGUAUGAGACUAUUAAAACAUGA